CUAAUAUCUCUUAAUGUUCCUUUUCCUACCUGUAUAUCCUGUCUUAUUAUGUAUCCAUGUAAAUUUUAUAAAAUAUUGUCAUCUUUCAUUCUUCAGAAUCAUAUUAAAGUUUAAAUAUUUGUAAUGUUGUGUAAGUAGCAAGUAUAUAUGUAUAUUUAUGAAAUUUUUAAUAUCCGUUUCAAUCCUCUUUCUACUUAUCUGAUCCUUUCCCGUGUUCCGUAUCCUUUUUUAACUUAGUUUCCCAAUCUUUUAAUUUACGUUUUUGGCAAAAAGUAAACGCUAUUGCCAAAAGAAGAAAAAAAAAAUACAUAAUAUAAUAAAUUUAUUCAUGCAUCUUCGGUAUUCUUGUGGAUUCAUUUGUGGAAAUCUGGACAGUUAGAAACUGAAAUGUUAAGGAUCGGUGGAAAAAUACAAUUUAAUUGGUCUGUAUUAUUGUGAUUCGAUAAUUGCUCCAAGGUGAUUUUAUAUUAUUUCAUUUUGUUAGCCAGGUUUACUAACUUCUUAGUCCGUACUCACUUCUGUCUCCAACGCAUUUCAACUUCCAAGAGGUGUAGGUGCGCUCACACUCAUUAGUUAGCACUUGUACUUUGUAGGCUUUAUAGGUGUUGAUAUCUUGCUGUUGCUAUCAGUAAAUAUAUUGUUUUAUUUGGAAACGGAAACCUUGUUUGUACAUAUAUAUCAUAAGUAUGGAUACACUACAAGUAAAAAUGAUGUUAUCUCUAUCUCAUCAAUUGGAAGAACUUGAAUUGUUACAGUCAAUGUAUUCAAAUUAUAAUGAGCUAAGAGUGAAUGAUGAAAUUGCACUAGAAGAAAUUAGCCAGUACAUACAUGGAAAAACUAUUUUUACUCCUCGACAUCUGGACCUUACAAUAAAUAUAUUAGUAGAUAAAUUAAAAUUGGAAAUACUUAUAAAUUUGCCUACUCUAUACCCACACCAGGAACCAAGUGUAACUGUAAGAUGUGAUCAAUUAAAUCGUCAGGAGGAAAGUGAUUUCAAUAAAGGAUUGCAGGAAUUUGUAAAAACAAAACACAUUGGUGGAGAGGUUUGUUUGCAUACUAUUAUAUUAUGGGUGCAAGACAAUGUUAUAAGUUUUAAGAAGGUUGAAAAUGAUGAUUCCUUAAAAAUUCAAACUACUUCAACCAAUACUUUAAAAGCAAAAAAGGACAUGUUUGCAAGAUAUUGGAUUGUGUCUCAUCAUAUCUAUAGUAAGAAAAAACGGGAUGAAAUCCUGAGAUUGGCAAAAGAAUUAAAUUUAACUGGUUUUUGCUUACCAGGAAAGCCUGGAGUCAUAUGUAUAGAAGGUAUUGAAAGUGAUUGUAAUGCAUGGUGGAAAAUAAUAAGAUCUAUGACUUGGAAAAAAAUUGCACUAAAGAAAAUGGAAUCCUUUAAGUUGAGUAGACAAGACAGUCAACAGAGAUUUCAAAAUUUUGAAGAGCUGCAUUUUCAAAAUGCAUGUAACAAUGGGAAACAUCCUAAUAUGAGUGAAUUUUCAAAAUACAUUGAAAAGCAUAGAUUGACAGAAUCUUUUAAUGAGUUAUUUGGGUUUUGUAAUACUUAAAAACUAAUUGUAGACCAAAUAAAGGUUUGUUAAUUAAAACUUGAUGCUGAAUGUUGUCCAAGUUAUACUAUAAGAUGUGGUUGUUACAUUACUAUCAUUUUGAUGAUUUGUUGAAUCUAGUUUGAAUUUGGUUUGAAAGAGUUAAUAUUGUAUAUCUCAAGUUUACCAAUUAAGUUGUAAUGCCGAUUUGACAUUUUGAAUUUCUAACAAUCUUGAGUGGUACUCAUAUCAAUCUACAUUGUAGUGGGCAGAGUGUAACACAUAGUACUGGUGUUACAUAGCAUGUUACUCGGGCGACAUAGGAAAAUGAAAAUAAGUAAACAAUAUAAUACUAGUUUGUGUCAUGCAUACAAGUACCUUAAAAUAUUACAUAUAUUCAAGUGUUAUUGAAGUGAAAACUUCUUUUGUCAUACUGAGCAAUAUAUUUUGUGGUUAUUGAAUGAGACUGAUGUGCCAUGCUCUGCUAUUUAACACUUGCUCAGUUCAAAUCAGUCUAAUCAACUAAGAUUGUGUGAACAGUCAAUGUACAUUACCAGAGUAAUAAUUUAUAUAAUAUUAAUGUUUGGUAUGCUAUUAACAGACCAAUUUCCGAAAUUCAACAACUGUGCGCAUAUUAUGGUGUGUAGGAAUAUGAUUGUCAUUCCUGCCACCCCAACACCUCCAUGAACCUCAGCCACCUCCUCUCCUUUCUAAAGUUUGGGGUGCCAAGAUGUUUAGCCCAGUAAAGCACAAGCAAAUGUAUGAUGUUUAUUAUAAGUACAAUGACCAGUUAGGGCCACCAUUAUCUUAUAAGUUGAAUUCAAUUGAGCUUUAUAAGGUGAUUUGCCAUAUUAGCAUUAAUGUUGGGGAGUUUCUUCAAUGCUUGUGCUUUAGAAUUUGGUUUUUGAGUCAGCCAGGAGGUAGCGGUAUGAUGGGUUCUUGUUGAUGAUGGCAGUAAUGUUUGAGACUCCCAAUUUCUAACUCAUAUGUAAGUGCUUUAUGAAUGUAGAACAAAAAAUAGGAAUAUUUUGUAUUUUUAAAUGUAUCUUGAUGAUGUUUACACUUCUUGAGCUGUGAUGAUGAAAUUGAGAUGUUUACAUUUUAAUAUUAUUUUAAUUAUUUUUUAUUAUAUAUUUUUAAUUCUUGUUAAACUAUUUUAUUGAAGAUUAUAAUGUAAUUUUAAAUAAAAUGUAUUCAUGCUGUAAAAA